AUGUCCAUCGCGUGCUGCUUGCCAGUGGUGGAGUGCGUGUACUGCCUGGCAUGCACGCGCUGGGUGUGGCAGCGCUGCCUCCACACCACCGGCUACGACAGCGAGACCUGGGGCCUCGCCUCGCCGGGGGAGUUCGAGCCCGUGCCGCGGCUAUGCCGCUUCAUCCUAGCCGUCUACGAGGACGACCUCGAGACCCCGCAGUGGGCGCCUCCGGGCGGCUACGGCAUCGAGCCCCGGUGGGUGGUGCGGCGGAGGACGCCCGAGCACACCCACGGGCGCGCCCCGACCUACCUGCUGUACGUCGACCACCGGCACGCGGACGUCGUGCUCGCCGUGCGCGGCAUGGACAUGGCCAAGGAGAGCGACUACGCCGUGCUGCUGGACAACAGGAUCGGCCAGGCGGGCUUCGACGGCGGCUACGUGCACAACGGCCUGCUCAAGGCCGCCGAGUGGGUGCUCGACGCCGAGUGCGACGCGCUGCGGGACCUCCUGGCCACCAACCCCGGCUACACGCUCACGUUCGCCGGGCACUCCCUCGGCUCCGGCGUCGCGGCCAUGCUGGCUCUGCUGGCGGUGCGCGACCGGGACCGGCUGGGCGGCGUGGAGAGGAGGAGGGUACGGUGCUUCGCCAUGGCGCCUCCCAGGUGCAUGUCGCUCAAUCUGGCUGUCCGUUAUGCCGACGUCAUUAACUCGGUUAUUCUUCAGGAUGAUUUUCUGCCUCGCACCGACAUUCCUCUGGAAGACAUUAUCAAGUCACUUUUCUGUUUGCCAUGCCUUCUGUGUGGGAACUGCCUGAUAGCUACAUGCAUACCUGAAAGUGUCAUGUUGAGAGAUCCAAGGCGUCUCUACGCACCCGGCCGGCUUUACCACAUUGUAGAAAGGAAGCCUUUCAGAUGUGGAAGAUAUCCGCCUGCCGUUAGAACAGCAGUGCCAGUGGAUGGCAGAUUCGAGCACAUAGUUCUUUCUUGCAACGCAAUUUCUGACCAUGCCAUUAUCUGGAUAGAAAGGGAAGCCCAAAGAGCAGUGGAUUUGAUGCUGGAGAAUGAGAGGACCAUGAAAGCGCCGGAAAAUCAAAGGAUGGAUGGCGAAACCGCGGCAACAAGGGAUCACAUUGAGGAGCAGCAGGCGGCCCUGAGGCAUGCUGUCACGCUAGGGAUCGCAGAUGUUAACCUGCCGUCAACAUACGGAACAUUCGACGAAAAUGCAACUCCGGAGGAGCGCCAGGCAUCGCCGGUGCUGCUUGACAGUGGCAGGCGCAGAAUGGUUUGGAAUGAGUGGAUCGCGAGGAUAUUUGAGAAGGAUGAAUCCGGGCAAAUGGUUCCACGGAGAUAG